UGGCAAGUCAGUGCCCUCUACAAUCAGCUGAUCUACUGUCCUCUGUACAAUCAGCUGUAGCAGUUGACCGCCACUGCCAUGUAUUUCUCUGUGUCUGUCUGCUUGUGUCUGGUACUUGGUGCUGUACUCACGACAGCUGCACCCUCUGAACUGUCUCUCGAGGAACAACAUUUCGAGGAGGGUGUUCGUCUACCACGUGCCACAUGUGACCUGCUUAGUUUCUCUAUCAACGGCUUCUCCCUGAACCAUGCCGCUUGUGCUGCUCACUGCCUCGCUCUCAGGAGAGGGUUCCGAGGCGGCAGGUGCAGGGACGGUGUCUGCCACUGUCGCAAGUGAGGAUACUCGCCCGCUCAUCAAUAGGCUAUCAUUUACCUUGUAUUCUAGUCAGGUCUCAGUGAUUGAUGUUCUUUUUCAAUUAAAAACUAUUGUUUAAAUUAUGUUUCAUCUGUUAUUAACCAUUAAAUAACUUAAAACGGCA